UAGGAGUGACAGAAAAUCUUCAAGAUAAAAUAAUGAUCAUAUUCAAUAACAAAGGAUUAUUUGAUUAAAUUCAUCUUUCACAUAUUAACAAUUAUUGAAAAUACAAUAUUAAAAUUUAUACAAGAGUGUGUGUGUGCAAGAAAGAAAGAGAUAAAUUAAGAGAGGGAGCAAUGAGAUCUCUGGUACAGCAAGAGAAGAGAACAAGAUAGUAGCGUCAUCAGUGUUAUGACGGCGAUAUCACAGCCCACCGCAUCAUUGAACUUUUCAUCGCGACGCGCAUUAUUGAAUCGAUUGAUAAUUCUCACAUAACUGUGCAUUAUAAUUUUUUCAAAUGGUACACAUUACAUUAUUGUGACAGUAAAAAAAAAUUUAUUACCACUUUCUUUAAAUUUGUUUCUCAUACAAUUUUGUGCAAUGUGCGUCAAAUUUUAAAUAUUUUGUGUUGUUUUCAUCACAUUUUUCUUGGUAAAUAUUAAUCGUUACUGAUAAAAAAAGUAUCGUUUCAAGAUUUUUGAUGAAAAAUUUAAAAUUUUGAAAAUGAAUAACCUGGUUCUAUUGCUUACAAUUGUUCUUACAACAGUGGCUGAUGGAACAAUGCAACCACGAGGAAUUUAUACAUCAGGACAUCUUGUUGAUGUAGAAAUAAUUUUUCCACGAAGAGUAACACACGAUGGUGAACUGAUUUCAUACAAUGUAACCCAUCAUCAAGGAAAUAAUACCGAUCAAGAUUUACAUUUGCGCUUGACUCGAGCAAACAAUGAAUAUCAUCUGCAUCUAACACCAGUUGUCGAUUUUAUUAGUCCCAAGAUAAUCAUCGAGAAGCAAAAGAGGAAUAUUCAUGUUCGUCAUUCAGUCAAAACUUUCAGUAAAUGCCACUAUCGUGGAUACGUUCGGGGUCAAAUAAAUUCAAGAGUAGCUCUUUCUGCCUGUAAUGGUCUGGCAGGUGUCAUUCAUGAAGAAAAUGGUGAAUUCUGGCUCGAACCAAUUGAUAAUAAAUUCCAUCACGAAAUUCAAAAUGACAUAAAAUCUGCAAAUCUACUUUCGAAGCUUGCUAAACCUCACGUUCUGUUUCGUAGAUCAAGUGUUGCAUUCAAUGAACAUAGGAGAAAUAAAAGAAGAAAAAAAAAGAAAGCUGAACAAAAUUGCGGUACCCGCGAACCACGUCGAUUGUUUGAAACACACGACAAAGAACAGAAUCAAUCGAGAGUUGAUGAAGUUCAAGGACAAGGACGAAGAAAGCUACCACUGAGACAAUGGCAACGAGCCAAGAGAUCUAUAAGCAAAGCAAGACAUGUGGAAGCUCUUGUCGUCGCAGACACCAGUAUGACAGCUUUCCAUCAGGAUGGUGACGUCGAAACAUAUCUUUUAACAAUUAUGAAUAUGGUCUCGGCACUCUAUCUUCAUCCAUCGAUUGGCAAUUUUAUCAAUAUUGUCGUUGUUAGAAUUAUUCUAAUAGAAGAAGAGGAUAUAGAGCAUGGACUGAACGUUUCAAUUAAUGCAGAGAAGACUUUGAUCAACUUUUGUAAAUGGCAAGAGAAAUUGCAGCUUGGCGAUGACACACAUCCAAAUCACCAUGAUGUUGCAAUAUUGAUUACCCGAGAAGAUAUAUGCACACGAAAUGAUACACCAUGCAGUACUCUUGGCGUAGCUCAUGUGGCAGGUAUGUGUCAACCCAAUCGCAGCUGCAGCAUCAACGAGGACAACGGGAUCACUCUUGCACAUACCAUUGCCCACGAGUUAGGCCACAAUUUUGGGAUGUAUCAUGAUACAGAAAAAAUGGGUUGUAAUAAACGAAAUGGCAAUAAAUUACAUGUGAUGACAUCGACAUUCGAACCAGACGCUAUGAUUGUAGCUUGGUCCAGAUGUUCAAGAAGAGAUAUCACUAACUUUCUAGAUAAAGGUAAAGGAAAGUGUCUCGAGGAUGAACCUGCAGAUAACGAUUAUGCUUACCCAGAUCUUCCUCCAGGAGCAAUGUACAACGCAGAACACCAGUGUCGACUUCAAUUCGGAGUCAGAGAAGCGUCAGUGUGUUCGCCAUUGCAGGAGAUUUGCUCUAAACUUUGGUGUGUUGUGAAUGGAACUUGCACAACAAUGUUGCAUCCUGCUGCACCUGGUACACAUUGUGGCAAACAUAUGUGGUGUGAGAAUCAAGAAUGUGUCCCAAUGAUGGACAAACCAAUUGAAAUUGAUGGUGGAUGGGGUGAAUGGAGUUCAUGGAGCGAAUGUUCAAGAAGUUGUGGUGCCGGUGUAUCAAUAAUGGAGAGAAAAUGUGAUCAUCCAGAGCCUGCUAAUGGAGGAAAAUUUUGCAUCGAUGAGAGACGUCGUUAUAAAAUUUGCAAUGUGGAAUCAUGUUCAGAAGACGUUCCUACUUUCAGGAGCUUUCAGUGCAGCAGCUACAAUGGAAUAGAAUACAAGGGAAGAAACUACACAUGGUUACCAUAUUUUCACAAAUCGGAACCAUGCGAGUUGUACUGCACUGAUACCGAUGAAGGAAUUAUUGUACCUUGGGGUGAAUCUGCAUUCGAUGGAACGCCUUGUAAACUGGGAUCAAGGGACAUGUGUAUCGCAGGAAUUUGCAGGAAAGUUGGAUGCGAUUGGAAAGUUGACUCUAAUGCAACGGAAGAUCGCUGUGGAAUUUGUCAUGGCGAUGGUACUCAAUGCGAAACAAUAAGUGGCUUUUAUGAUAAUAUUGAAGGACAAGGAUAUAAGGAGGUAAUUGUAAUUCCUGCCAGAUCGAGAAAUGUGAAAAUUGAAGAAGUGGGAGAUAACAAAAAUUUUAUUAGCAUUGGAAUACCAAAUUCAGAUGAAUAUUUUCUCAAUGGUAAAAGGCAAAUCACCCUGCCAGGUGAAUAUUUAAUUAGCGGAACUCUUGCACUCUAUGAACGUGAUAAUGAUAUGGAAAAAGUGGAAAUUCCAGGGCCAAUUAAACAAGAUAUUGCUAUUUAUUUGAUUUACAGAGGAACCUAUCUCAAUUUCGGCUUAAAAUAUGAAUAUACUGUAUCUAAAAAUGAAAUCAAUUACAUUCCACAUUAUUCUUGGGUUUUUUCUGACUGGUCCCUAUGUACAGUUACUUGUGGAGGUGGUGUUCAAACUGCAUAUGCAUUUUGUCAAGAAAUUAAAAGUGGAAUUGUCGGUGAUCGAUUUUGUAAUGAAACAUCCAAACCUGAGUCAAUUGACCGAGAAUGCAACUCCAAAUUAUGCCCUGCAAGUUGGUGGGUUGGUCCUUGGCAAAUAUGUCCAGUAACAUGUGGAGAGAGUGCUUUACGAAAAAGAACCGUUAUGUGUGUUUUAUUUAAUAAUUUCAAAGACAGCAACAGCAUAAAACUAGCACUACCUGAUGGAGAUUGUGAUGAAAACACAAAACCCGCUGAACACGAGGCAUGUCCAAAUUUAACACCAUGUGGAACAAACUCUGAAAUUCCUUUUAUUAUACACACAGAAGAUAAGAAAACUAUUUCCUACAAUAUCACGUCCAGCGAUCAAGAUGAUAUAACAAUAAUUGACAGCGUCACUUCGGAAAAGCCGGAUAUUCUCGAAUUUUCCAAAAUGCUUCAAAAAAAUAUUUACCAAAAACAUUUAAAACCCAAGUGGAUUAUUUCCAAGUGGAGUUCUUGUACACAUGGAAAGAAAAAUAGAAUUCCAUUCUGUUCAAUUUCAGAUGGUUGCAAAUCUGAUAAUAAGCCACAAAUAAUUUUCAAAGAUUGUCAUCACGAAAAACUUAUACAUAAAAAUCGUCAUCACAAAAAACGAAUACAUUAUAUUUAGGCUAGAGUAAAAAAUAGGUACUGUUAAAAAUUCUUAGACAAAUGAUUUAUUAUAGAAUAUAAAUUUUAUUUUCAACUUUGAGAUUGUAAAUACAUUAUGUCGCAAUAUUAUUCUCAACGAUUAUAUAACUUCAAUAAGACGGAAACUGCUUACAUUUGUAGAUUUUAAUUAAAGUAAAAAAUAGAUUCUCCAC